GCUUUGGUCGAGGCCGAAGCUGUCGAGGAGGCGGCGGCCCUGCUUUCACCGGAGGGGGAGAUGAAAGACUCAGAGCCCCUGGCAGACGGUGAGGGCAUGACCCGAGAAGAGCAGGAUGCUGCCUUGAAGGAGCUCUUUGAGGAGGCCGCCAAAGGCGGCUCCCUGGGGGCGGGGCCCAUGGUCGACAUCAAGCGCCGAGCCGCCAAAGAAAUUGCGGCCGAGAAGGCCAACGAACAGGUCGCCGCAGCUGUGGCGAAGGCUAAGGAGUCUGCGCAGCCUGGGGAGCCGGAGGAUCCGGACAAGGAG